AGAAGAAGAAGAAGACGAAGAAGACGAGCCGCAUCCUAAACACAUCCAUGCAAAACAACUUGGUUAUUUGACCGUUUAUGUCCAGACACCACUAGCGGGACAUUUUAAAAGGUGCAGCAUGCAGCAGGACGACAUGUCCGCUGACGCUGUGGUCACUGUCCGGCUGGUCAGGUCCUUCGAGCACAGAAACUUCAGACCUGUCGUGUUUCACCAAGUCACUUUAGACCAGACGGUGCAGGACUUCAUGCAGCUGGUCAGAGACGAUGUAGCCAAAAGAGUAGGACUUCCUCCUCCUUUCAAGAAAUACGCUUAUGACACAAUGAAGAUUGUACACCAAGCACAUGGAGCAAAGACUAAUGAGUUAGUGAUGAGUUUAGCAGACGAUGAAAAGCUCAUUCUGCAAGAUGGCCAAACCCUUCGAGCUGCUGGCAUUGCAAAUGAAACAGAAGUUGCCUUCUUCAGGAAAGAAGACUAUGGCCUCUAUAAAGCAAAUCCCCAAACGGCUUGGUGACAACAGUAUUUUACUUACUUCGCUUACUUUAGCUAUGUUGGGAAUUCAUAGGUCAAAGGCCAAACUCCACUAGAAACAACAGGAAAACAAGAAUGAUCCCAUCAUGUUUAUAUCACACAGAUCUUAUUUGAGGUUGUUUUAAAAACUGAAGCUUUUUAUCCAAUACAUUACUGCUAUGUUUUUAUUUCCCUUUUUCUUGUUGUUGUGACCAGGGAAAUCAAUUUUCAAAGUUCUUUUAUAUUAUGCUGAAUAAAGAUUUCUGACAAAAAUU